AUGCCUGGACAACCACAUUCCACCAUUGAUGACGACACCAUCUAUAAAAUGGAAGCCGCCAUUUUGGAGGAACACCGCAUAACUAUUCGGCAACUAGCCCAAGAAGUGAAGAUAAGUGUAGGGUCCGUGGAAAAACUCAUUCACGACCAUUUGCACAUGCGGAAGUUGUCUGCACGAAUCAAUUCCUCCCAAGCUCUUUUGACAAUGCGCCAAGAAAACAAGAAGGACUUUUUCGGCAGACUUAUUAUACAGGAUGAAACAUGGGUCCAUCACUAUGACCUGAGAUUAAAGUCCAGUCGAAGCAAUGGAAGCAUGAUAACACACCACCUCCAAAGAAGGCUCGCAUCCAACUCUCAACAGGCAUGGUGA